AUGAAGUCACCUGCAACUCAAAAACCUACUAGAGCUCACAGGCCAACCCCUCUCACAAAAAGGAGUAAUUCUCCGUUCCACACAUAUAAAUGGGAAGGGCUUCGUAUAUCUUGCACCUGCCAUUGGUUGCAUUCCUACCACCAUGUGGCACUCAAAGUUUCGAUGAUCGCUUUUCAAGCGCUUGAAGGACGAAGUAGGCAACUACAAAGUUUGUUAGAAGGAUCUUCAUGA